AUGGCUUUGAGUGAUCCAGUGAAAGCUGAAGCUGCUGCUAUCAUUGGUUCCAAUGAGCCAGUGAAUUUGAAGAUGGUGCUGCUGAACCAGCUUUGGUUGAAGCAUGGCCUCGCAUCCCACCAAGUUGUCCCUCCUGGCAAACUCCUGGUGCAUCCAAGUAACCGCGGUGGAGCAAUGCUCAAUGGGCAUGAUGUUUUAGCAAAGGGUGAAAAAUUGAUGAGCCAGGGAUUCAGACAGGAUCUCUUGGAAAGCUCUUCAGUGGCCUUUGGCCUGUCUAGCCAGGUGGCCAAAAGGCAAGAGCAAAUUGAAGCCAACAAGGUGCUGGUGGAGCAAUUUCCUCAGGUUCUGGCACCUGUCCAAGGAGAUGAACUGUACUUGACAGUUGGAGCUUCACACAGCACCAGUUUUUUGAAGGCAAAAGCCAUGUGUGGAGUUUCCAAUGAAUCUUUGAAAGACAUUUUGGAGAAUGGCUGGAAAUGGUUGAUCUUGUCUGAAUGCUUGGAAGAAAAUUUCCCCACACUGCCCUUGCUGUACUCUGCUGCAUUGAACAGCAGCAACAGUGCGCAAGUGGCUGCCACUGAUUUGAAAUGCUUGGCCACCAUCAGUAAAUAUAUCCAGUUGGGAAAGACCUUGGAAGCUGCUGCUGCCCAGACUGCCAUGGGUGAGCCUCAAUGCAAAGACUAUUUGGGUGAAAUAGCACAUUUUGCUAAAUUGUACACUGGAGGAGAGCAGAUGCCCUUGGCAACCUUUCUGGUUGCUUUUAGCAAACAAUUUGGAGAAAGCGCUUUGCUGGGUGAAGAGUUCAUGAAGCUGUUGACUCACUAUGACUUCAAGGUCAGUGGCAAUUUGUUGCCAUGCUUCAGAGUGGCUGUGCUUGCUGCUCAGUUGACAUCCAGCAAGAUUGUGGACAAGAUCAGAAAGCUGUUGGUGAAGAGAGAUUUUGAUCGCUUGAAAACCAAAUGCAAAGCUGAGCUCCAAGAUGCAGAGAAAUUGCUAGCAGACAGUUGGUCUUUAGUGGAAAAGGCCAAACACUUGGAAGAGCUGAAGGAGAGCAAGACCUGGAAAUCUUUGGAAGGCAUCAGAGACGGAUUCGCUUCUGAAAUGCUUUGCCCUCCUGACAUCUCCAGUCAAGACAGUGGUGAUGCACCAAGUCCUGCUGCAGCAGGAAGCCAGGAAGCUUUCCAAGACUUGUUGCAACCAGAUCCUGUUGCAGUGGCAUUGCUGCAGAACCAACACCUGGAGAUUGGCAGCAAUUACCAGAACCCAAGGUUUGAACAUGUACCUCUGGUUGCGGCUGCUGAUACCUUGGUGGUGCCUUUGCGAGAUGAAUUGAAAGAUUGGAGAAAAAACAAGAAGACUAUGCAAAUUCUAUUGGCUGCUGACAUUGCGGAAAAGCAGCUGGUGUACAAGCACCCUGGUAUCCAAGAAAGCAUCCAAUUGCAUUCAACCCAAGUGCAAUUGCACAAGGCUUUCAUGACUGGCCCUGUAAAUGCCAAAGCAAUUGGCUUUGUGGCAAAUCAAGUGGGAGUCUGUGCCCUGCAACAUUUUACUGCUGGAUCUUUGGUUCUCAAACCUUAUGGAUCCUUGUUCCUUGUCAAGGACCAGGACAAAGACAAGGUCAAAGUCAUGGUGGGAAAAUUUGGAGUGAAUGCCCCCAAGAUGAUCUCUGAAUUUGACAAGGUGGAUGACAAAACUGUACUUGUACCAUUUUGGUAUGUGAAGCCCACCAUGGAUGAGGAGUUGGUCAACAUGCAAUUGGAAAAGAAACAAUGUGGCAGCUUGGAGCUGCCUUGCUAUGUGAAUACCAAAGAUUUGGAGCCAGGAGAUUUGCUGCUGUGUGAGUCAGAGAUGUUGGCCAAGAAAAGAAAAAAGAAGGAAGGAGAGUCAGGUGCCACUGCUGGAUCAGCUGCCAAAAGUACCAGUGCCAAAAAAAGUCAAGAGAUGAUUCAGAGCGCCAUGCUGGACCUUGGGGAUGUUUCACAGUUUCACCAGAAUUGCAAGGACAGAGGAAGAUGA